AUGUCUCUGAAAACAGGCGACCUUAACAGCGACACAUCCACAAAUGGUGUAACCGGAUCGCACAAACCGGACGAUAUCCCCGCGACUUCAAUAUUCGCCAACUUUGUAGCCAAUGCCGACACCAACGCGCUAUCGAGGGAGAUACGAGGCAGACUGAAGGAGUACAUCGUCGACUUUAUCGGAGUCACACUAGCUGCAAGCUAUUCCUCAGACUCGACAUUUUCAAUUUGCAAUGCCGUCAAGUCUCUGGGAGGACAAACGGGAUCAUAUACCGUGUUGGGAAAGGGAAAGUCAUUUACCCCUCAGUACGCCGGCCUGCUCAACGCUGCUUUAGGCCACUCGCUGGAUUUCGACGAUACCUAUGCAAAAGGCACGCUGCAUGCCGGAGUCACCGCGAUAGCCGCCGGUCUGACCCAGGCGGAGAUUCUCGGUGAUCAGGCAGAUGUGGACAGAUUUCUCCUAGCUGUCGCCAUCGGAUACGAGAUUACAUGUCGGUUGGGCAAGGAACUCGGCAAUGAAGCAUAUUCUCGAGGAUUCCACAAUACUUCGACCGCGGGCAUCUUUGGUGCCAUUGCGACCAUUUGUGUCCUCAAGCAACUCCGCGCGGAAACUGUCGAAAAUGCGUUUGGACUCGGUGGAUCGAAGGCCGCGGGUUCAAUGCAGUAUCUGGAGAAUGGGAGUUGGAACAAGCGACUUCACCCGGGGUUCGCCGUGCAUGACGCAUUCAUGUGCGUGGCGCUGGCUGAGGCAGGAGUCACUGGAGCAGCAAAGAUUUUCGAAGGCACCUUUGGCUUCCUGCACGCAUACAGUCCCAAGGAAAAUAAAGAUCUGAGGUAUCUCACCGAGGAUUUGGGAGUGAGAUGGGAAUUUUUGGAAACAUCCUUGAAGCCGUUUCCCGCUUGUCGCAUGACGCACGGAUUCAUCGAAAACGCAGUCAAAUUGGGCCGCGAUAAAGGACUGAAAGCCCGGGAUGUGAAGAGGAUUACUCUGUCUUUGAGUCCGGCCAACGUCAGCGUCGUGGGCGCUCCGACUCCCAACAAGAUUCAUCCCGAGAAUAUGGUCGAUGCGCAGUUUUCCGCUUACUUCACGACGGCAAAUAGCUUUCUGUACGGGUCGGAUAACGGCGUCCAAUGCUACGAGAAGGAUCGAUUAAUGGACGGGGAGGUUCGAAUGCUCUCUGACAAAAUCAAUUGCGUCGGCGACAGCUCGAUUAAACAAUUUGGGUCGAGAAUGAAGGUUGAAUAUGAGAAUGGACAAGUCGCUGAGGUCGAUAUCCCGUAUCCGCUGGGCGAGGCACAGCACCCUUUCACGAGAGAGCAAGUCGAUGCAAAGUUCUUCAGUUUGGUCGGUCCGAUACUCGGAGAGAAACGAGCAGUCAGUAUCCGAGAUGCAGUAAAUGAUAUCGAGAAGCAUCCCAUUCCGGAGCUUCUCGGCAUACUGUACUGA